AUGCACCAAUGCGUAGAACCGUCUGUGUGUGUCUUGCUUCAAGCGAGGCCAGUGGACGUGCAGCCAUGCCGGUUCGCGCUGCUGCUGACGCGCUUCCGCUUUCGGCUGCAACCUAGCUCGGGGGCGGUGGCGGUGGAGAGACACUUGCGCCACGACAACCGCCCUUGCGAAAUAGAGGCACAAAGCACACACUACAUCGCCAUCGAGCAUCUUGAUUUCUCUCUCACCCCAAUCCACCACUUGACAAUGAUGUCCUCAACCACGCUCCGUCUGACCCGAGCCGGACUCAGUCCCGCCGUCCGCACGCUGCACACCACACCACGCAUUCUCUCCGCACGACCGGACACAGCCUCCGGAUACCGCGAAGACCGCUCCCACGGACCCACCCCUGGUGCCCACCCAUCACCCGAGAUCAACGUCGCCCGCACACGCUCCACCGUCCGCGUCCUCGUACCCAGCGUAGCCGUCAUGGCAGGUUUCAUCGGCUGGUGGUUCUUCGGUCACUCCGACCGCGAUCACCGAAAAUCCACCAUCGACGUAGGCCCCGACGGAAUCAACAAGUUGAAGGGUAGCAAGGCUAGAGCCGCCCAACAGUUGAAGGAUGGUGUUAGGAAUGCUGAUGGUAGUCUCGCCGACCCGAGUGCAAACAAAAGACAAAACUCUGUACUAUAA